UAGCCCAGUCAGCUGAUUUGCAUUUUGCGGCAAAUUUUGUUUCGCAUUUAUCCAAAAAGCUUGGAAUUCGUAUCUUGAUUUUUUCAAAUAUCCACCAUGUCCGGAAAGGCUUUAAACAUUGGCGAUCAGUUCCCAAACUUUACGGCUGAAACCAGCGAGGGACAUAUCGAUUUCUACGACUGGAUGCAGGACAGCUGGGCCAUUCUGUUCUCCCAUCCGGCGGAUUACACGCCGGUUUGCACCACGGAACUGGCGCGGGUGGCGGCAUUGGUUCCGGAAUUCCAAAGGCGUGGAGUCAAGCCGAUUGCCCUGUCCUGCGACAACGUGGAGUCGCACAAGGGCUGGAUCGAGGACAUCAAGAGCUUUGGCAAGCUGAGCUCCUUUGCCUAUCCCAUCAUUGCGGACGACAAGAGGGAACUGGCGCUCAAGUUUAAUAUGCUGGACAAGGACGAGAUCAAUGCCGAGGGCAUUCCCCUCACUUGUCGCGCCGUUUUCGUGGUGGACGACAAGAAGAAGCUUCGCCUGUCCAUCCUGUAUCCUGCCACCACUGGACGCAACUUCGAUGAAAUCCUUCGAGUGAUCGACUCGCUCCAGUUGACCCAGACGAAGAGCGUGGCCACGCCGGCGGAUUGGAAACAGGGCGGCAAGUGCAUGGUCUUGCCCACCGUCAAAGCCGAAGAUGUUCCUAAGCUCUUUCCUGAUGGCAUCGAAACCAUUGAGCUGCCCUCCGGAAAGAGUUACCUGCGGAUCACUCCACAGCCCUAAUGGAUGACAAGCGUGCUCUCUCACUUUUUUGCUUUAUUACAAAAAUUAUAAUUAACAACAAAUAAUGCACAAUAAAGUAUACGCUUACAACCGUA